AUGUCCAUUCCGCGGCUUCGCCAGAGCCUCGCUCAAUCGAAGUCUCGUCCGACCAGUAGACUCUUACCCAUUCUUCAGGUGUAUAAUGAGCGUAUCUCAUUGCCCACGCAAGACGUUGACGUGCGUGAUCCACGGUUAACAUUGGUCGCUCGAUCUUUCGCCAUUUUCGAAGGCCAAGCUCUUUAA